AUGGAGACUGGUUGUCCUAAUAGUGUAGAUGGUGGGUGCACUGCAAAGACGGGUAAACAAAUAGCUCCAUUCUCUGAUGCGAAACAGCUUCCAUUCCCUGGUGGGGUCGCGGCAGCGGAGCUACUCAAGAUCAAAGGAGAACGCUCCUGCUCCAUCAUCUUUGUGAUCGACGAUUCUACGCCAUUUUCUACUAUCGUGAACGUACGUCUGCUGUCGUUUUGCUCGAUGGUGGUGGUGGUGAGUCAAGACCCAGACUUCCUCUUUACCUUCGCGGAGUGGUCUCUGAAGGGCCGACUACUGGUGUGGGCCACCAAGUUAGUGGUGGUGACCCGCCUACCUCUUCUGAAGGUCCAGGACCUUCUGCCCGUUCAUUGGACUUUCUCCAUGAUGAAUACAAUAUUCCUUAACAUAAAGGGAGAGGCUCCUGAUGAAAAGUUUUAUGGAUACACAUACUUGCCAUACAGUGAAAAGGGCCCUACAAUUGAAACGGUGGCUACCUGGACGCGAAAAAGAGGAUUGCUCCAGCGUCGUCAUACGCUGCCCUUUCCUGAGAAGUUCGAAAAUUUCCAUGGAGCGACAGUGAACGUGACCGGCUUUUCGUUCAUGCCAUUUUGGGGCGAGGAAGAGACAAAGACAUCUAACGGGACCUCCGUCAUUAGAUAUGAAGGUUCUGAUUAUAGGAUGCUGACCAUAGUUGCUGCGGCCCUCAACUUUACCAUCAGAGUGUUGCCUAGUAAAACCUGGGCAGAGGUGACACAACGGGUAGAGGAACGCGUAUCAUUCAUAGCUGCUGUCUAUUAUAUUAUGAUGACCGUAAGAGCGGAAAGAUAUGAUUUCACCCAUGCCUAUGAGUUUUCUUAUUUCUCAUUUGCCAUGGCUAAACCCAGCCAGGAGCCUCAAUGGCAGAGUUUGUACUAUCCGUUGGCGUAUCAGGUAAAUUACAUAGAACGAAAAGCAUGUGGGGGCUUAAUUAUCGUGGCGGUAAUUCAGGACAUGUCAGGAAUGUUUCUGGCUCAAAGCCUUCCUCAUAGACUGCCCAGGACUUUCUCCAGUCGAGUCUUGGUGGGCACUUGGCUCCUCUUCUCUCUCAUUCUUGGGUUGUCUUACCGCUGCAACCUGACUGCCUCUCUCACCAUACCGAAGUAUCCUCCGCGUCCAGAGACUAUCCCACAACUCGUCGAAACAGUGGAUCGGGUCACAAUUCUACCAUACGGAGAAUCUCACGUCAGAUAUUACAAAAAUUCAAAGUCUCCAUUGUUCAAUGCCCUAGCCGAUCUGAUGGACGUUGGGCCGAAAGUACAGGAAGGUCUGCAAGGAGCACUGAAAUACAAGUAA